UCAUCCUCGGAGCUUGUUUUUACUCUGAGUUGCCAUGAGCAAGCGGAACCUGGUGUCCUACGUGCGGCCCGCGGAGCCCGCGUUCCUCUCGCGCUUCAAGGAGAGGGUCGGCUACAGGGAAGGGCCCACCGUGGAGACCAAGAGAAUCCAGUCUCAGCUCCCAGAUGAAGACGGUGAUCACAGUGACAAAGAAGAUGAACAGCCCCAAGUAGUAGUUUUAAAAAAGGGUGACCUGACAGCUGAAGAAGUCAUGAAAAUUAAAGCAGAAAUAAAGGCUGCCAAAGCAGAUGAAGAACCAGCUCCAGCUGAUGGGAGAAUCAUGUACAGAAAACCAGUUAAGCGCCCCUCAGAUGAAAAAUAUUCAGGUUUAAUGGCAAGUUCAAAAAAGAAGAAAGCAAAUGAAGAUGAAGUAAAUAAGCAGGACUCAGUUAAAAAGAACUUGCAAAAGCAAAUAAAAAACAGUAGCCUUCUUUCUUUUGGCAAUGAAGAUGAAAAUGAGUAAGUGUAACAUUUUGGACUUAGUCUCCAAAGAAAGUAUAUGAAGUAUUUUUUAAAAUAACGUUUUUCCUGUGUUUUUAAAAAUAACAUUCUUUCUUUAUACUACAAAUUCAUUAUAUAAUAUUUAGAAAAUACAGGAAAAAUUUUAAUAAGAAUGAUGUCUAUCCAUCAGGACCUUUCUGAUAGAAAUGCUCACUCUGUAGAAGUUAACUACUAUUAACAUUUUGUUGUUUCCUGUGUGUGGGUAUAUAUGUAAUUUUUUUGUGUGUGUGUGUGGUGCUGGGGUUUAAACUCAGGGCCCAGCUGUAAAUUAAAAUU